UAUAUAUAAGUGUGUGUGUGUUUCACUUUCUUUUGGAUGUUCCCUUAGAAUUAAUGAUUAAAACAUCCCGCGAAAAACUUAGGAAUGGUGGCGGGUGGCGUUCAAAUCACAUUAUUACAAUUUGGUUUUAUUUCCAGACAUCAAUACAAAGAAAUGCCAUAUAUUUUCGUUUGCAUUGGCAACAUAUUUUAUUAAAGCAUUUUGAAGUCUUUUUUUUUUUUUUAGGUAUACAACUUAUUUUAAAUUGGGCACAUUUAUAAUUUUACUCUUUUAUUUAUUUAUAUUUGUUUUGUAUAAUUUAGAUAUGAAUGAAAAAGUGGCAGUUGGCAUUGACCUUGGGACAACCAAUUGUUGUAUAGCUGUUGUACAAAAUGGAAAAGUGGAGGUCAUGGAAAAUGAAUUGAGCAGUAGACUAACACCAAACUAUGUUUCCUUUAAUGAAACUGAACUUCUCUAUGGGGCUAUUGCCCAGAGUCAGGCUAUUAUGAACCUUUGUAAUACAAUCUUUGAUGUGAAACAAAUCAUUGGUCGACAAAUUGAUGAUGAAAUAGUUCAGAAAAAUAAAAUAUUUUGGCCAUUCGAAAUCAAAGAAAUCAAAGGCAAGUUAAAAAUUAAAGCGAAAUACAAAAAGAGCGAGGAACUGUUCUCUCCUGAAGAAAUAAGUGCAAUGGUUCUCACAACAUUAAAGGAAACAGCUGAAGCUCACCUGGGACAGAAAAUAAAAGAUGUCGUCAUCAGUGUCCCUGCUAGUUUCAAUGACCUACAGAGAGAAGCGACUUUAAAUGCUGGGAAAAUUGCAGGUUUGAACGUUUUGAAACUCAUCAAUGAGCCGACAGCAGCGGCGUUAACUUUUGGAUUGACCAAAGAUGUGGGAGAACAAAAAACUAUUUUAAUUUUUGACUUUGGAAGCAGUAAAUUGGACGUAUCGAUAGUGAACAUUGGAGUCAGUUCAAAAAUGGAGGUAGAAGUCAAAGCAACUGCUGGUGAUAAUCUAGGUGGAACAGAUAUAAACAGAUUAAUGGUACUCUAUUUAAUGGAAUUGUUUAACAAAAAACAUCAGAAAGAUAUGAGUUAUAGCAUGAAAUCCAUUAGACGUCUCUUUACAGCUUGGGAAAAAGCGAAGAUCAUACUGUCGAGCAAUAAAGAAACUUCCAUCACUGUUGACUCAUUAUUUGACGGUAUUGAUUUUUGCACUACAAUUACAAGAGCGAAAUUUGAAGAGGUUUGUGAUGAAUAUUUAACCUCCGUACUUCGCCCGGUCCAAAGAGCACUUCAUGAUGCCCUUCUUGAUAAAAGCCAAAUUGAUGAAAUAGUUCUUGUAGGAGGAUCCACUCGUAUACCUAAAGUGCAACAACUGCUGAGUGAUUUUUUCGGAGGUAGACAGUUAAACAAAUCUCUUAAUGCGGAUGAGGCUGUAGCUUAUGGGGCAGCUCUACAAGCUGAAUUGCUAGCACGUAACAAUACAAUGAACUUACUAGUCACUGAUAUAAUUCCCUAUAAUUUAUGUUGCUGUGACGAAAGAGGACUGACUAGUUAUAUCUUUAAAAGGGGUACAACAUACCCCGCAAAAGAUUGUUUCGACAUGUAUACAACAAAAGAGAAUCAGAAGAAAAUUGAAUUUUCACUUUGUCAGCAUGCAGUUUUCAGUGUGGAAGAAAAAAAGUACCAUUUAGGAUUAAUUAAUCUAUGUAUCUCUCCUCCAUACCCCAAAUACAAGAUUAUACUUCCUGUACAUUUUGAAAUAGAUUCCAAUGGAAUUCUCCACGUCUACGCUCUAAAUCCCAAAGCCAGCGAGUAUCAGCAUUGCGUAUUAAGGAAUGAGAGGUUUAUGCUAAGCAAAACAGAUCUUGAUGAAAUGUUGGGUUAGGAAGAAAGAUACAUGUAAGACGAAGAUGAUCAUAGCCUGAUGCUCGAAAUCAUUAGGAAUUGUAUGUGCAUAGUAUAAAGCGAGACCUAACUGCUACUAACAACCAGCAGUUGCCAAAAUAAAAAGCUUUAUCUGAUACUUGCAAUACUGUUAAAAUAUUGAUUGAUACUAACCCCACAGCAGAAACAUGUGAAAUUAACUGAGCAUUAAAUGCACUUAUAGAAACUAAAAACACCAUAUUAAAGAAAUUAAAAUUUUCAGUAAAAAAAACAGCAUAAUUUUAAUACCAAACAUAUAGAUGAAUUGUGCGAAGGGGAGAUACAAAUAUUGAAAUAAACACCUAUAAGAAAGUUGUAUACCCAUUUCCAUUUUCGUUAUCAAAAAACUUAAUGAACUCUGAAUCUAAACCUUGCUGUUAUUCCCAAAUAUGGGAAAGACUUCGGGAGUAAUGCCAGAGAAAGAAGUAUCAGAAGAUGAUGGCCCUAAGGCAGCCUGCAACACAUGACAGAGCCUACGACAUCUUUGAUCCCAAACUGCGUCAGUACCUUUCAUUCCUUUGAAUACACUAGCUGUGUGGAGAGGGGUGAGAGAAACCUAUGUGUUGCCGACAUCGUUCGAGCUAUCAUCUCAGUUCUAUUAAAUGAAAUUUUUUUUAAAAUCACACACACACACACACGCACAAUCUGAAAAUAAUAAGUAGUUAAUUUUGUAAUAAAAAAGGUAAAUAUAUCUUACAAUACUGAGAGUAAUGGAUGUAAAUGUGCAGUUCUUCCUUUAAUAUAUGCUUUUAUUUAAAAGUAUUUUUUCGGUCUUGUUUAUUCUUUAUUAUAAGCUUCUACAAAUUUGCUUUAAUGAUCAAUAGUCCUUGCCAGGGGUAAAGUAAUGUGAAUAUCCAACUAAGACUGUAAACAUUAUAAGGAGUUUGUAUUACAAUGUGUAAAGGAACAAAAUGUGGAUUCAUUUGUUGAACCGUAUGAGAUAUUGGUGGGAAAGUAACAUUUAAGGGUUCAGUGGUUAUUUUCUUGUUUUAUUUUUAUUAUGUAUCACUAUGCUUCUAAUAUAUUUUUAAGGUACUCACUUUUCUAAAUUUUGAAACAUUAUAGAUGUUACACUUUCAAUGUACAAAUCCAUAAUAAUAUUAAAAUAUGUACCAGGUUUAAUGAAAA